AUGACAGUGGCAUUCGCGAAGUCACCUCUCAAACGUGCUGGUUUGUGUCAAGAAGCCAUAAAUGGCGUUCAACGCAUAGUUAACUUUCAAUUUCGAAAGGAACAUCGCGCUCUCUUGACCAUCUUGGAGGAUUUGAAAACUAAGGUAGAUAAGACAUCUGCAGAUGCAGAACGACGAUUUGAGGAAUCUCAAAAGCAAUUGAAGGAUACUGAAAAUCGAUUGGAGAAGUUGGAAAAUGAGUCGAGAGAUUUGAUCCAGAAAAAUAAAGAGUGGGAGGGUGAAGUGAGGGGCUUGAAGGAGAAGAUGGAGAGGUUGAGUGGGUUGAUGGGUUUACAGACUGCAUCUGCAGAGCCGGUUCUUGCUCGCAGUGGUGAUACAGAGUUACAGAAGGAUCGGGUGCCAGCUGGGACUGAUUUGUCUGGUCAGGGUCUAGAUGUCGCGGGUCUGCAGCAUUUGGCAACGCCAUCUGUCAUCGUCUCUUCUCGGGGAAGUGCCGAAGCGCCUGAGCAACGUAUGUCCACAUCCACUACACAGCAAUCCGUUUCAGCCUUGUCGCCAGAAAUCAAUACAUCUCUCAAUGAUCGCAUCCCUCGUACGCCGAAUAGACGCCAAUCAAGUCAAGCCAUCUCACCACUCGCGCAUGAUGGCCCCAUGAGUCCGCCCCUCGCCCCUCGACUAUCACUCGUAGCUACUACACCGAUAAAUAAGAGAGUCCCACCACCAUCGAGCAAGCCAGUACCAAAUGCGACAUCCCGCAAAGCUGCCCACCCCCCUUCAUGGAUCAAUAUCUCGCAGACCCCAGAUCAAACUAUCGAGGCCUAUCUAGCUCAGGCAACAGAAUACAACAAGGCAAUUAAAUCACGCAAAUCUCGAUUCGAAUUCAUUGCAAGAUUCAUCAGAGGAUUGUGGAAGGAGAAUGAUCGCGACGUCUUACUCAAGCAGCUGCAAAAGAAAUUCCAGUCCCGAACUACGAAGGAUGGAUUCGUGGAGGUUAUGUGUGGAUUUUCUGAUGUGGGAGAGGGAUUGCUGGCUGCUAGGUUGAUUGCUGGAAGUGGAGGUACGAGUGGGAAGAGAGGUGGCCAUGAUGCUGGGAUGGAUCAUGACGAGGUGGAUGCAUCGCAUCAGAAGAGAAGAAAGACUUUGGAAUCCCAGUCGUCGAAUGAUGAUGAGUUGUAA